AUGACGCAGAUUGGAAGCCCCCAGAAAGACCCACGCCGCAACACAGUGAUUAGACCCCUGUUGAAAAUUCCACAAGGGGUGAAAGACAAAAGGGGAUGCGUGUCAAUCUUGGUAAGCAGCAAAAAUAUGAAUAUUCAAAAAAAAAAUGAAGAUGGGGAAAAAAAAAUCGGCCAUUUGGAACACUCCGAAGAACAAGUAGUAGUACCCCCCCGGGACGAGCGCGAAAAGUACAACGAAUUCUUCGAGGCCAAAAUCUACUUGCCUCCACUUCGAGCCAGCAAAAGAGAAUUAAAUUUUUUUUUCAAAAUUUUGUCAAAUGCAAUUGAAAAAAAUAACACAAGCAAUAUCUACAUAAGUCUAAUGAAUAUCCUGUGCAAAAACUUCCCGUCCUACAUCGGGCUAUUUGCACACUUGUGGUUUCAAUGCAAAGUGCUACUGGCCGAGAAAUUAAUUUUAAUUGAAUUUUUCAGGCAGCUUAAAAUAAACUCAGAAAUAAUCAACCAUUUUUUUAAUUACGGUUGUGAUGCGUUCGAAACGAUAUUGUCAAUAACGCCACAGGAAUUGACAAACAUUCAGGAGUUUAAUAAAGUCACCUGGCUUCCGGGACAUACGUUUCGCUUAAAAAUGAUUUUCUCUCAAGUGGACAAAUAUUUUAAUUUGUUCAUGCAACAGAACGAUGAUUAUGUGCAGAAAAUUAAAAAAUUUAUUUUAAGCAAAAGGAAAAAAACGGAACUAACUGUGCAAUUGUCCCUUGACCAGCAACAGAACGACCGCGGCAAGUGCAGCAUGUACCGACCACACGUGGGGAAUAACAUCAACCCGCAACUUCUCCGCGAUGGGAGCCAAGAUAACAACAUAUUUACCUACCAACCAUAUGUGUCACAAAGUUUGAGAAGCAGAAAUUUUUCAUAUAACUAUACUCCAGAUAAUUCAUUAUAUGCGAAUAGAAUACUUGCACUACAUGUGUGCAGCGCCAUUGAUGCACAUUUGCGUCUACACGUGAAGGGUGUGCAUAGGGCGGAAAGUGACUCCCCGGGCAAACUCUUUCACCUGAACAAAUUCGAAAAUUAUGAACAGGUCAGAAAAAAAAACUUGCCUUUUACUCUAAAUUUAAAAUGUGUGCAAGGGGCAAGAGCAAAUAAAACAACGGAGCCACCCCGGGCGGGUAAACCAAAAGUGUCCAUUCUGAUUACCUCUCCGGAGGGCGCCAAAAUUUACAGAUUUGUAGCCAUACUGCUCAUCUACAAUUUGAUAAAAAGAAAAGCGGAAGAAGAGUUCAUAUUUGAGAAAAGUCCCCACGUGAAUAAUGAUGCAGUAAAAGAAGUCCUGAACUUUCCCAUCAUAUCCAUCGGCAAAUCCUGCAACGCUGUCCUCAACAAUGAUGGCACAAGAAGGGACCUCUACGACAUGUUCCCGAGUAUAGUAAAAGAAUUCCCAAAAUGUAAAAUAAAUCAGCAGGAGUUCCACCAACUUAACAAAACUGUGAACACUUUGAACAUCGUCUUCACCCCCAGCAAGGCCAAUUCGGUAACCCUGCACAGGGAAUUAACGGCCAAUUUGGUAAAGCACAAAGGGGAGGGGACCCUCAACAUAGAUAACAUUAUCUGGGUUGCCUCAUCCAUUAGCCAAUCCAAUUUUAACAAUAAAAAAAAAAGUGAUGUCACCCCGUUGGGAAGGAAAGAUGAAAAAGGAGGAGAAGAAGAAGGGGCCCGCUUAACCAUCACAAGAAUCAAGUGCUAUGACACCAAAAAAGUUACAUAUAAUAAAAACGAAAUGGAGAUCGGCAAAAAGUCCAUUAUAUGCCUUAUGAGCAACAGCACGGUGGCUUCCUUUUUCCAAAAUUUUGGAAACGAUUUUGCCGCCACCCUCUGCAUGGGAAGAAAUUCAUACACGCUCGCAAAAAAACUAAAUUUUAAACGUGUCCAUUAUCCGGAAGACUCAAAAAUGGAGUCCUUUCUGAUCAUGUUAAUAAAAUUGUACAACGAAUUACGAGAUAGAUUCGGCACAAAGUACGAUGUUGUGCUGACGCGGGAGAAAGGCAAAAAUGACUGCUUGGCGAGAGCCCUCACUGCGCAGCGGAUUCCCUACCGAGUUGUGCCAUGCAUAACAACGCACUACAACGGCGAAGGGAUUCGCUUGCUGUACUCCAUCCUCUCAUCGCAGGUGUAA